AGCGCGGCUGCUGCUGUUCCAGUGGUGGAGCUGAGCCAAGGAGAGAGAGGGUUAGAUAGGCAGGUCCACUCACUCUCUCACUCUAACUGCAAAAAAAAAGCCCCGCUCCCUGAGUGACAGUACUUCAGCGGGGGCGGGGAGGGAAGCCGCUUCUUUCUCGCCCGACACAACAAGGCGCAAGAAGUGCAGCAGCUGUAGACAUCAGAAAACCCAGCAGAACACUGCUUAUCGGGUGAGUGGAAGUUAUCGCCUGCAUUUUGUGCGCUCAGGAGGCAAAAGCAAUUUCUGUCGCGGACCAUUAAUCAAGUUGCUGUGAACAAGGCUACCGAAAACUGUUGGACGUCAGCAAACUACCAUCUUCAACUCCAGUACAAACUACGCUUACUGUUGACACCAUCCAUCUGCCUUGGGUUGAAUCUACUUCCCACAAUCUCUCCGUCCCUUGCUGGGCUGUUACACCUUCACCGCCUUUUGUACUGAUACCUGCUGGGUCUGGAUUGGAAUAUGCCAUCUGAAAUGUGCCUCAGCAUUCAAGAGAUGCUGACAGGUCACAGGCUCUGCCAAUCGAAGUCUCAUAAGGAUGCCGUUCUAGCAGCUCUGAACCAGCAAAGGAAUGAUGGGAUACUAUGCGAUGUCAUUCUGGUUGCUGAGGAACAAAAAUUCCAUGCCCACAAAGCAGUGCUGGCAGCUUGCAGCGAUUAUUUCCGAGCCAUGUUUAGCCUCUGUAUGGUGGAGAGUGUAGCUGAAGAGGUGAGCCUACAUGGAGUGACCAGCCUGGGUCUGAAACAAGCUCUCGAUUUUGCAUAUACAGGCCAGAUCUCACUGGAACCAGGUGUAGUUCAAGAUGUGCUUGCCGCAGGAAGUCACCUUCAGUUACUGGAGCUGUUGAAACUGUGUUCCCACUAUCUCAUCCAGGAACUGACUAGUUUCAAUUAUCUGGAUUUAUACAAACUUGCUGACCUAUUUAACCUUACCCUGCUGGAGGAAGCAGUGGUUAAUUUCCUGGUCAAACACCUUUCGGAAUUGCUGAAGAACCAUCCUGAAAAGGUUAUGGCACUCCCUUACCGGCUCCUGCGAGAAGUUCUGAAGAGUGACCGUCUGACAUCGCUAAGUGAGGAGCAAAUCUGGCAGUUGGCAGUCAGGUGGUUGGAAAAUGGCUGUCGAUAUCAGUAUAUGGAUGAGCUCUUACAAUAUGUACGCUUUGGUUUGAUGAACGUUGACACACUACAUGCUGUAGCCCUGUCCCACCCUCUGGUUCAGGCCAGUGAAACUGUCACAGCUUUCAUAACUGAAUCGUUGGAGUACCACCAGAGCAUCUAUGCACAGCCCAUAUGGCAAACUAUCAGGACGCGACCUCGCUUUCAGUCAGAAACACUUUAUAUUGUAGGUGGUAAGAAACGUGAGAUUUGCAAAGUGAGAGACCUGCGUUACUUUAAUCCAGUGAACCAGGAGAAUGUUCACAUAGCAAGGGUUUCAAACUGGAGUGAGCUGUCUCCGAUGCCCGUGGGAAGAAGUCAUCAUUGUGUGGCUGUCAUGGGAGACUUCCUUUUUGUAGCAGGUGGAGAGGUGGAACAUGCAACAGGUCGCACCUGUGCAGUGAGGACUGCAUGCCGUUACGAUCCUCGCAGCAACACUUGGACAGAGAUAGCUCCCAUGAAAAACUGCCGCGAGCAUUUUGUACUUGGAGCCUUGGAUGAAUAUCUAUAUGCAGUGGGUGGGAGGAAUGAACUGCGACAGGUUUUGCCUACUGUCGAGAGAUACUGUACAAAGAAGAACAAGUGGUCUUUUGUACAGUCCUUUGAUAGAUCACUCUCCUGCCAUGCAGGAUGUAUGGCUGAUGGGCUCCUUUGGAUAUCAGGUGGAGUGACCAACACUGCUCAGUACCAGAACAGACUUAUGGUGUAUGAUCCAAAUCAGAAUAAAUGGAUCAGCCGCAGUCCAAUGUUACAGAGGCGAGUAUAUCAUGUAAUGGCAGCUGUCAAGAGAAAACUUUAUGUUCUUGGAGGAAAUGACUUGGACUACAACAAUGAUCGGAUUUUAGUUCGUCAAAUUGACUCUUACAACAUUGACACCGACCAGUGGGUACGCUGCCAUUACAACCUACUCACAGGCCAAAAUGAAUCUGGUGUAGCUGUGCACAAUGGAAGAAUUUAUCUUGUCGGUGGGUAUUCCAUCUGGACCAAUGAGCCAUUAGCAUGUAUCCAGGUUCUGGAUGUCAGUACAGAAGGCAAGGAAGAAGUUUUUUAUGGUCCAACACUACCAUUUGCUUCCAAUGGAAUAGCAGGAUGUUUUCUCCCAGCCCCUUAUUUUACUUGCCCUAAUCUUCAGACAUUGCAAGUGCCUCACCACAGGAUAGGUGCUGUAUGAGAGCAUAAGCUUGUAAGAUCUACAUGUAAUGUGAAUUGAUGUGAUUAUAGGUGACAACUACAGUGGUUUUGAUAUUUUCACCAUUUUCUGUGUGUAGUCCAAAGCCUACACCCAAUUGUAUAUGUUCCAGUCAUGAUUACAAACAGGUAGCUUGCCUUUUCAUCAAUCUAUUAUAAAUACCUUGAAUAGCUAUUCUCAACAAGAAUUUGAUAUAUAACUAGUACUAUGACAACUCCCACCUCUUCAGUAAACAAAUUGUAAAAUUAGGACUGAUAGUUUCUGUUACAGAUUGUAUGGAUCAGAAGUGGGUUUGUAGCACUGCACACUUUGUAGGUGAAUCAUGUCAGGUUCAAUAUUUGUGACAAUAUUGGUGUGUGUACAAAGUACACCCAUCAGAGAUGUGCGGGGCAGGCAGCAUUCAACAGUGCUUUAACAUCAAACGUAUAAUUUUGGAGUUCGGCAUUCCAGCUAAUGCCUGUCUAACUCCCUCAAAUUGAGCUUUUAUUCAGCAGCAGGUAGGAACCCCAUCACCCAGCACAUACAGUAAAGAUAUCAUUGACUGUUUACAGGCUAGUUGUUAGUUGAGUUAUUCUGGGUGUUUCUCUGAAUUCCACAAAUGCUUGGUACUUUCUUUAGUUGUUUAAAGUUGCAGAGCUUAAUAAGGAGUAAUGUUGCUAACUUCACAGCUUUUAUACAAACCAGUUGCCACUAGAGAUGGAUGCGCUGAUAGACAUUCUCUUUGAAAUACAACGUGUCUGCAAGAAUGAAAACAGAGGUCAAAUACUGAGCGUGAGAAGCUGCAAGAAGCAAGUAGAUGACGUAGGUAGGGCCUCAGCAGGAGGCCUUGUCUGUCCAGGGUAUUCAGUAAGCAGUUCUCCUCCUUUAUCUUCACUGUGGAGGAAGUUGCAUGAUGAUUGCCUUUUAUAAUGGCACUCUUCAUUGAAAUCUGCUACAAUCCAAAACCUCAGAGUAGGGAAAAGAUUACAUUGUCAGUGGCAAUAGCUGGAACUGGAGAUAUUUGCAGCAUCUUGCCAAUCACUGUUGAGUAAGAGAGGCCACAGAUAUUCUCUUGUUACACUCUCAGCAGAGAGAAGCAGCUGAAGUGCUUUGUUAGGAUUACAGGCUUUUCAAAGGUGCAUGGCUCUUUGAGCACUAUUGGUACCAAAAGGGAUUCUACCCCCUCAACAUCGAGUAACCGUAGGCAGUGAAUCAAGCAGGUAAAUGUGAGGUUGUCUUGGCAGUAUCGUGAUGCCUUCAUUCUAUCACAAUUGCUUGUCCACUGCACUUCAUCUGACACUGUAAAAGCAGAGUGAUUACUGACUUAUGAUAUAUUUUAAAACUGUCAUAAACCAAACAGAAUUAACAUAGAUAUAAACAAUAUAUAACGGGCAACUAACAAAAGUUUUUUUUAAAACAAGUAUUUCCCUAUUAACUAACAACUAAAAUACUUUAACACAUUUUAACUUUAUAUCAUAUUCAUAGCAUGCAUGUAUUGUUGAAAAUGAAGUUCCAAACUCUUUCCAGUUUAACAGCAGACUCCCAUGCUAGGAUUUGUUUUCCAUAGUCCUUUGAAAGUGACUCGAUGCAGUCUCCUGAGUAUACCUGAAACAAAUUCAAGUAGCAAGACCUAUUCUUGGUCCUUAAAUCUCUUGAAGUUUUCUCUCUCCAACUGGAGAACCACCUGCCACAAAUAGCCUGCUUGUUGCUAACUUAAACUGGAACAGUCUGCCCUGCUGCUUUUGCGUGUAGUUAUUGAUUGUGUCUCUGCCUCUGUCCUUGCCUGAGUUCACAUAUGAGCUGUCAGUCCUUUCUUAAGUUGCCUCUUGAUUUUCAGUAGUUUUUGGCCUGGACAUUAUUCCUCAUGUCAACAAGAUCACAUGGGCCUGAUUCCAGGCAGAGGUCUGUUAUAAGCUCACCGCCUUAUGUCAUUCCAUUUCAUUUAAAUUUGAAAAAAGACAUCUUAAGGCAUAACCAAGUUAUAAAAUCUCACGUUUGUUAUGCAUGAGUGAUGACACAUCUGAUGCUUCUGGUGUAUAACGCCCAUGCACACUGCACAACACGCAUACAAUGCAAUCUGUGCUGCCAGACAAAUUAUGAUACAGCUUGGUGUAAGUAGUGGCAUUGAGAUAAUAUUAAUGGACUGGCAAUCAACAACGCCUGAGUAAUAUUCCAGUGUCAUGACUUUAAUUGGUACUGUGGCAGAUAGUAAAGUUCAAAUUCAGUAAAAAUCUGGAAUUAAAAGAAUUUAUGGAGAUUUUGUAACCAUUAUCGAUUGCAAUACAAAUCCACCUGGCUCACUCAUAUAACU